AUGGUGGUCCACUUCAAAGAAUGGUCUAAGGACAACAGAAAGCUAGCUGCAGCGAUCAACAAUAGAAUAUUUUUGUUGAGAUGUAGAAAAAAUGGAGUGUAUCCCAAACAUAUUGUUAACGAGGUGAGAUAUUCUGUAACGUAUAAACCUCUUAAAUCAGAACCAACAAUCAAGAUCCAGGUUGAAUCUCAAAAACUUGUCAAACAUUUGGAAACUUGUUUGCUAAUAACAGAUAGUGAAGGAAAAAAGUUGAGAAAAUAUAAUUCCAUUCCCCCUAAAAUUUAUGGUCUAGUUAAAGUUCAUAAGGUCAGAGGCUCGGCUAUGGGCAACCCGGCUUCACCGAUUUUAGCUGAAUUAAUUAUGAACAGUCUCAUCAACUUUCAUUGUGACCUACAAUUCACACAUGAAAUUGAAGAAAAUGGUAGAAUUCCGUUUUUGGAUGUCUGGAUCAUAAGAGAGGGCGGACACUUGAAGACGGAUUUAUACUCUAAGCCUAUUGCUUCUCACAGAACAUUACAUUUCAGUUCGUUACAUACCACAUCUCAAAAAAUUGCAAUGAUCAAAUCCAUAAGACAUAAGAUCCUCGGUAUGUCUCACGAGUCAUUCCAUACAAAAAAUUUUAGAGAGCAAGCAACUUUACUCAUUCAGAAUGGGUACCCGAGAAGCCUUGUUCGUAGAAUUUUUCACACUUCUACUCCUAUAGUGACUCCUAGUUGUCCCCCUGACUCGGAUGGUGCUGAUAAAAAGUACAAUAAAGUUAUUUAUAUACCGGGAUUAAGCCAGAGGUUGAUUAAAGUUAUGAGGAAUUCGUCAUCAAUUAUCGUCUCAUAUUAUAAUAAGACUGUCGGAAAACUAUUUUCCCAACUUAAGGACAAGGAUCCAGAUUACAGGCAAUCGGGUUUGGUUUACAAAGUCAAUUGUAAAGAUUGUACAGGUACAUAUAUCGGACAAACUAGACAGUAUUUUGGUACCAGGAUUAAACAACAUCAAUCAGAUUGCAUGAAACAAUCCAACACAACUGCGCUUGCACAUCAUGCCAUGUCUGAGGGACAUCAGUUUGAUUUUGAUGACGCGAAAAUUCUGAUCAGGGAGAACAAUUGGUUCAAACGCAAUUGCAAAGAGAUGCUCUUCAUCAAGAGACACCCUAAUUCAAUCAAUGCACGGUCUGAUAUAGGUUCACUGAACAUCGUAUAUUCGAACCUGAUUAAAGAAAUAAAAUUAUAA